AUGUCCACUCUCGCUCGACAUGCCCCGAUCAUCCCACAUAUGCAACGUGCACGGGUUUUCAAGUCUCAAAGAGACCCAAUUGAACAUACCACCAUUAAAACUCCAACGGUGGACUUGGAUGAGAUCUUGGUGAAAAUCAUGUACUCAGGAGUGUGUCAUACAGACCUCCACGCGUGGAAAGGGGACUGGCCCGCAAAAGUGAAAGAGAAUCUCGUUGGAGGUCAUGAAGGCACCGGUGUUGUUGUUGCUACUGGAAGCCACGUAAAGGAUAUCGCGAUUGGGGAUAGAGUUGGUGUGCAGUGGAUUAACAGAUCCUGCGGCACUUGCGAGUUCUGUGUGACCGGCAAACAACCUCUCUGUGCAGGAUCCCAGUUGUCAGGAUAUACUGUGGAUGGAACAUUUCAGCAAUACUGCGUGUGCAAAGGGGAAAACGCAGUACGCAUACCAGAGGCUAUUCCUCUCGAUCAAGCAGCUCCGAUUCUCUGCGCCGGCGUAACUGUUUACAAAGCGAUUAAAGAUGCAAAUGCGAAGCCGGGCCAAACUAUAGCAAUAUUUGGCGCUGGUGGAGGACUCGGGUCCGUGGCAUGUCAGUAUGCAAAGGCCCAUGGCUGCCGAGUCCUUGCCUUGUCAACCGGUGCUUCCAAGCGAAAAAUGUGUAUUGAGGAACUAGGCGUUGACUACUUUGUGGAUUACAAAUGCUCUCCGGGCGUUAUUGACGAAGUGAGGACUCUCACUGAUGGAGGACCACACGCAACUGUGGUUGUCAGCGCAGUGAAGGAACCAUUGAACAUGGCGAUAAAGUACGUGCGACCUGGGGGGACGGUAGUUGCCGUCGGCCUCCCUGCAGGCGCAAUUUCCAUGGACAUAUUCACUAUGGUAACUAGAAGUGUCACACUCAAAGGGUCCUACGUUGGCAACAGAUAUGACACAGAAGAAGCAUUCGAGGUCUUUUCUCAAGAUGGGUUUGUGAUACCUCACAGAUUAGUGGAUUUUGAAGAGCUGCCAGAAGUAUAUAAGCAGAUGGAAAAAGGAGAAAUGCAAGGACGUACAGUGCUACGGAUCGGGGAGUCCCAGCGGAUAGCCUCGAGCCUUUUUGAACUUUCUCAGCCAAAAUUCUGCCCAAACAACUAUAAUCUUGGAACGCUGCUGGCAUAUCGAAUGGAACAAUUGGGGGUUACGGACUAUUUCGCAGUGCCGGGGGACUUCAACUUAACCCUACUGGAUCAGAUCUUGAAAAACAAGGCUCUUCGGAUGGUCGGAUGUUGCAAUGAGCUCAAUGCUGGAUAUGCUGCCGAUGGAUAUGCACGAUCCUCAACCGGCAGAGUGGCUGUUGUCUUUGUGACGUUCAUGGUUGGAGGCCUGUCCGUGAUUAAUGCUAUUGCAGGUGCCUAUUCGGAAGGUCUCCGAGUCAUAGUAAUAUCUGGCUGCCCUCCUCAGAAUACAUUCGGUCAGGACAAAUUGAUUCAUCAUACGCUAGGAACCAAGGACAGAGAUCAAGCCCUACGAAUGUUCGCCGAGGUGACCACAUUUUCAACCCGCAUUACCACAAAAACAGAUCCCGGGCAGAGCCUUGACUAUGCGAUCUCACGUUGUCUAUACGACUCGCUUCCUGUCUAUAUUGAAAUUCCGUCUGAUCUUGCGCAGAUACAGGUAGCUUACAAGACUCCUCCGCCGUAUCGAAUCGUUGAGCCUUGUCAAGUAAAAUCAUCUUGUCUUACAGCAGCAAUUCGUUCUAUCACACAUACCUGGAAUUCAGCUAUGAGGCCAAUCAUUCUCGUGGGCGCCCGUGCCCGUCACUUCGCUUCUUCUGAUCUCUUGGUGGCUUUUAUCGAUAAGGUUGGAUGCCCAGUCUUCGUUCAACCGGAUGGCAAGUCUAUUGUGCCUGAAUCACAUCCGCAGUUUCAAGGAACAUUCUGGUCAUCUGCCAGUGAGCCAACGUGCGAGGAUGCUGUUUUGAACUCCGAUCUCUGGGUUACGAUAGGAUGCCGUUGGACUGACUAUCAUACGCUUGGUAAUUACCUUGACAUUGGUCUUGAGUCUCACCGUAUCUUAGACCUUCAAAAGGAUAGCAUCGCAUCACCGGAAGGAACGUUGAUUGAGGGGGUUCCCAUGCGGCAUAUAUUACGCACUCUCGCUGAUUCAGAUAUUGCUCAAAAAAGCACCCCCUUUGCUCCUUUGGAGACCAAUCAUACUAAUGCGCAAAGGGAAGUGCCUGAUACACACGCGCUUUCGGUAUCUACCAUUCUCCAGGGUAUCCAGAAUAUCCUCGGUCCCGAUGAUACACUCAUUGCCGAGACUGGGGAUAGUUGGUUCAAUGCACAAUCGAUAAAACUCCCGACGGGGGCCACGUUUCAGAUGCAGAUGAUGUACGGCUCGAUUGGUUGGAGUCUACCUGCAACAUUGGGUCAUCAAUUAGGCAAGCCCGGUGGACGAGUUAUAACUCUGAUUGGGGAUGGUAGCUUCCAGAUGACGGCGCAAGAGUUAAGUACCAUGAUCCGUGUUCGGGGGAACUCAAUUAUCGUCAUAUUCAACAAUUUGGGCUACGCUAUUGAGACUGCUAUACACGAUGGCCCCUACAACUACUAUAGCAACUGGAAUUAUGCCUCACUGGCAAAGAGCCUCUGCAACACGUUUCAUGCCUCCUACCUCAAUAAUCCGCACGCUCAUGGAAGCUUUGAAUCGAGUAUGAAACCAUCUCUGCUCUCGAUGCAAAUCAAAACACAAGCGGAGCUACUGAUAGCAGUAGAUCGAAUUCAGAGGGAGCCAUACAAGCUUGCUGUUCUAGACUGCUGCAUCAGCCCGGACGAUAUCAGUCCUGCGCUUCGCCGUUUUGGCUCUGCCGUGGGUAGCGCCAGCGGUAAGUAG